AUGAGCUCGUCUUCCAGUGUUCGUCGGAAUGGAUAUCCAGCGCAGGCCCGGCCUUCUGCAAGCAGGGCGGCUCCCUCCGUGAACAGCCGAGCACCAACAGAAGCGCAGGCUGCGCGCUCCAACCGAGAUCUGGGCACAGCUAGAUCCGCUCCUGCGUUGGGUGUGCAAGCGUCGUCUUCCACUGCAGAGGCAAGUCGAGCGAAUAAGAAGGCGAAGCCAAAACCCAAGGCGAAAGAAAAGACGCUUUCUAUCGACGAAGACUUGCUGCCGAUCCCACACGGCUUGCUGUGCGUGAUUUGCAGGGACCCUUUCAAGGAUCCCGUCUUCACUGAAGACGGUCACUCCUACUGUCGUGGAUGCAUCUUGGGUUGGUUCGGAGCUCAUGAUUCCAGGGUUCGCGAAUUCUACGAAGUGCCGGCAAACAUUGCGCCUUACAGCAGGAAGAUGCCGCCAACGCUCCUCGCUCCAAUGACGCAGCUUCCGUUGACCAGCCGCACACUGCACCCAAACAUCGCGUUGAAGCAGGCAGUGGAGGCCUUCCGGUCCGAGCGACCGGCUGAGGAGGCACGUGAGCGGGAGCGUCGCCAGCUACUGCAGAAGGUCGAGGAAGCCAAAGCUGUUGAGGGGGACCUGAAGUCAAACUUCAAUCAGGAGUUGGAGGCUCUUCAUGGCAAAGUGCAGGAUCUGCAGGAUCAGCUCGGGCAGGCGAACGUCGAUCUCCAAGCAGCUAAGGAGGAGGCGGUGAAACUUCAGGAGAAGGCAGAGGUCUGUGCAGGAGAUGAUUUCGAUGACUUGGAAUAUGAACUUGCGCAGCUGGAAUCAGAGUUCGAGAAGGAGAGCGCAGAGGAGCUGGGACUCGUUCGACUUCCGUACCACACGGAGAUUCCUGGCCAAAGGUGGGCGGCCAGCUUUCUGAGUUUGGCCGCUUGCAGUUCGCAGUGCUGCGAUCAGAUGCUGAGCUGCGCAACAGAAACCGACUGCAUCAUCGGUGCCAUGCAGACAGAAGAGCAGUCCUUGGUACCUGGAUCUUCGAGCAAGGCCGAGACGCCGGCGACUCCAGCCGGCCAGCUGGCGCCCCUCGCGCCACUCGCGCCAGCUGGCAAGGCCUCGAAGCGACGCCAGGCCUCGUGCCGUGUGAGCUGGGCGCAGUUCCGGGCAUCGAAGCUCCCACAAAUCAAGGCCGACCUGGAGAACCAGUGGGAGAUGCUGAUGGCAGAUGCUGAGGCUAGAGACCUCCUGACGAUGCGUUACGACUCCGCGUCUCCACAUGCAGCGCUUGCUCAGUUUCGCGAGGAGCUUGACCGUAUGAUUGCGGAAAGGACCCAAACUCUGGAGCGAGGGGCAGCUGCCUCUGGGCCUGCGACACGCGCUCCCAGGUCAUCGCGCAGCGACGUUCCUCCUCCGUCGGCACUGUUACGUCGGCUUGGGUGGGCCCAGGGUUUUGCACAGUGUGUAUCAAGUGCAAGGACAGGUAACCGUGAUGCCAAUCCAAGUGUUCCUUCUGUAGGCAGUCUACGUUUGUCACACCGCUUGAGCUUUGCCACCUGUCCGGCUUCGUCUUCUAGCAUUGCGUACCCUCAAAAGCUUGCCACUGGUGCCAUGGGGUAG